UAAACACUGACAAUGAGUGAAUCAGUCUGCAUGCAUGAGGACAGGGUCUGGCGAGGAGAACAUGGCGACAAAAUCAGGGAAAUGUUGAAUUUUCUCUGAUUUUUACUCCGUUUUCUUUUCUCUCGGUGCAGUUUUCGCACCGUCUUGUUUCUGCAGCGGCGCAUUUUUCUAUUAUUUAUUGUUUUCUUCUUCUUCAUUGUAAAUUCGGCUGCAGACCCGCCCCUUCCCUUCAGUUUGGACCCAUUUCCCACCAACUGAGUCUGUCCAGAGAUGACGGCCAACAGCAGGUACAGGAGCCGCGCGCCCCGGUCAGGUAAGCUAGUGCAGGUGAUUAAUUCCCUCCCGCGCGACACAACUGCUUAAUUUAAUGAAGCGUCUGCCCAUUCCUCGUGCUGAAAAAAACACACAUGAUGCUUUUAUUUCCCCCCCUCCGGUCCGGAUGCUCUCCGGUGUCUGCUGGAAUCUGACUUCAUCCCUCAGAGGAGGCAGAGGUAAGAGGCACGCGACAUAUAAAGGUGUGUGUGUGUGUGUGUGUGUGUGUGUGUGUGUGUGUGUGUGUGUGUGUGUGUGUGUGUGUGUGUGUGUGUGUGUGUGUGUGUGUGUGUGUGUGUGUGCGCCCUGCUGUGCUCCAUUUAACAUCAUUCCUUUGUUUUGGAGGCUGCACAGAUUUCAGUGACCCCCUCAGCCAAGUCAGACUCCCCUCCUUUGUCCUCCUCACUCUGGUAUCUGACUUAAUAAUGUAUUUUAAUGUUAUAUUCUGCUGCUGAAUAGAAUUUUCUUCAUUUUCUCAAAUUUUCAACAUCUGUACACAUCUGCGAACUUGGAUUAGGAUCUGAAAGGACCAGUAAAUGAGAGCUUUUAGACUUGUUUAGGCAGAGAUGUCGGCUCUGUGGUGAUUCCAACUGAAUUUAAUGAUUUUAUCUGUGAUUUACGGUGAAAAUUUGAUAUAUUUGUAGUUUUUUUGUUUAUAUUGGACUAAAAAAGACAUUACAGGGUGUAAACCUGGACUCUCAACACAUAUAAAUCACUGCUUGCUGACAUUUUACAGACUAAGGCCACAAUGGUAAAAAAAAAAAAAAAGGAUCUUUAGUUUCAUCAAGUCUAAAACUUUCAGGAGACUAGUGUUUAAAAUGAGGAAAUCUGUAAUAUUCCCAUUAAAUUGGGCAAUGGUGUACCAACAAAAUCAUGUCUCUUUUUGAAUGUUUGUCUCAGUUUGAAUAUAAAAUAUCUUUAAAUAAUCUAACAAGAUGGUAUAAAAAAAUCCUGUAUGACAAAACAAAGAAAAUAGAUGAUUUACAGCCACAAAAAAACACUUAAACACAGUGUAUCAAUAUGUCAGAACAGGUAGAAUCAGAUUUAUUUUUUAAUUUUCAAAGGAAUAGUCUCAUAGAGACAGAAGAAAGAUGUACUAAAUUUGUCCCUCAGACCAAAGGUUACAGCUACUGGUAGGUUUAGAGGUCAGCAAAGGACAUCAUGUAACGUAAUGUAAAACUUUAUUUCAGACCCAGUUGGUCCAUAUCAUACAAAAAGAAGAAAAUUUGAAACAUUUUCAGGACAUUUCACUUUCAGCUUCUUAUAUUAGACUCUCAUUUUUGUUAAAAGACAUAUUUCCUUGACCAAAACACCAAGGUUUUUAAAUGUUAGGAAAAAAUUCAUCACCUCUAUAUGAAGUAUAUCAAGUCAAAAUCUGAUGUUAAUCUCUCACUGUUAUCUCAGAUAUUGAAGUCAACUGUCAUUCAUAGAAAAGCAGUAAGUAGAGGUUGUUAAUUAACUGGACUUUCAAAGGAAGACAAAGAAGUGUAUAGAAUCGUAUUAUCAGUAUAAAAUUGAAUCUGUGCAGCAGUGACAGUUUGACACAGGUUGUAAAUGUCAAUUAAACAGGACCCAGUAUGGAGCCUUGUGGGACACAUUUUUGCAUAUUAAAAAAACUGGAAAAUGGAUCCACAAUAAACUGUUUUUUGUGGAACCCUGAUGUUUGUUGGCCUCUAGAAGACUCAAACAGUGUGGCUUAAGACUUUCACAACUGUGUUAUUUUUUUAUGGGCGAAUAUAAAAAUCUUACCAUAUAACAACCGUGAGGAUUACAUGACUAUUCCUACUAGUUAUUAUUAGAAAUUAUUCUUUCUUACUACUAUCACUACAAUACUAUAGAUUCUGUUUGCAGUGUUGUAUAAAGAAAUGUCCCUAAAAUAGUUGUCUUUGUUUCUGUAACUGUCCUCUGACAAGCUCUUAUUUUCCUGGUUACCUUGGUAAUCAGUCCCGCCCAAUCUGGUUUAUGAUUGGUUGGAACAGCAACACAGGUACCCACCUUGCCAAACAGUAGGUCUGUUUGUUCUUCUUAGGACCAGAUCUGCAAAAAGCUUUAAAGACAUACAUCACAUGAGAGUUAACUAUAUCUUAUUUGUGGUUUUGAAACUGUGAGUGUUCAACCCCAUAAAUAAAGCUGGCUAACUCUGAGAGGUAGGAAUGAGCAGAUUAUGCUGAUUAUAAAGUAAUUUUCUGUCAAUAAAAUCAUCAAUUCAGCUUUACAAAAGAAUUAACAAGUUCGAAAUAGGAUGAUUUCCACAACUAAGAGCGUCUUAGGUUUGAGGAUUAAAUGCUCAUCUUUAUUUAACACCCAAAUUAGUGAAAUCAUAAAUCAUUAUUAUCUCUGGAGAUUCAUGCUUUAAUCAUGGGUAACUCAGUCCUGUAUAAACUCCAAGCACAGAUGUCCUGGUGUGGCCUACAUUCAGCAGCUCCUCACCACCUCCACCUCCACUGUGCAUCUUUAUUUUCAGAGUUACAUCCCCAAAAUCCCACGGGCACUUCCAGGAUAUCUCUCCUUCAUCCCACUUCACAGCUCUGUGUGUUUUCUCUCUGUGAGGAGUUGGAUGGCAGAGCUGGGGCUGAGUCAGAGCAGCGCACUCAGACGCAGCUCACACUGUUUCCAGCAGUCUGAGAUCUGUGUGUGGGAGCCGCUUGCUAACACGUCCACUGACAAAAUGUCAAUAUGGAAGCAAUAGCAAAAAACCAAACACCCCCACACCUACAUAUACACAGAAAACUCCUCCUGAGGUAGUCAAGCUAAUGCACUCUGUAUUAGAUUUGGUGUAAAGAGACAUCAGGAGAAUUUAACCUGACCUGUUUGGUUCAUUUCACACCAUCUGUCCCUGAAAAGCUUUGGUUUUAUCUCUUCUCUUUAGCCUCUUUCUGUGUGUUCAGAAGUACACAUAUGCCUUUCUAUUAUCACUCCCCACCCCCUUCCUGCAUGUGUGCCGCCGGCUGCCUGCCGUACUGUAUUAUGAAUACUUGGAGAGCCUCAGGGCAUGUUCUCGGUCUCUGACCGCCACUUCAAUAAAAUAUGAAAGGAAUCAUGGGAAUGUCCUACUAACACGACAACUGAACUUACACUGUUACCUACGAGGGAGGCUGUGACCCAGACCACCCUGCGAUAACCAUACGCCCCCCUGUGAUCCUGUGAUGUAACUACACUGUGACCUGAUUAUAAACACUAUGAGUGAUAUCUUUAAAUGACUAAACCUUCGAAAAAAUUAAGUAAAUGCACACUUUCUGCUACAUUAAAAAAACUGUUUUGCUUGAUUUCCCCUUAAUGAACAUCAAAAACACCAAGUUAGACAUCCCCUCCAGAGAUGGAUGUUGCCGACCGCUUGCUUCUCUAGUUAUACCAACUUUAGAAACGAGAGCCAUGUGCUCAACCAAAAUACCACUCUAUAGCCACAAAUAAUGCUCAGAACAGCACCUAACUUCAUCAACAGUACAUAUAUGGUCCCAGCCAUAGUACUAGCCACCAAACAUCUUUUUAACUUUGACUAAUUUCUUUAGCAAAGAGACUAAACACAACUCACCUACUCUCUUCCAGCAGUUGCUUGUUUGUAGGGAGACCUCAGGCCAGUCCAUUACGGACUACAGCGGGGUGAUGCAGCUCAAGGAAGAACAUUUAUGAUCAUUUCUUCAUGGAAAUACAAUCAGACCGAGACGCUAAGGCAGAAAAACUAAUGUGUCUGCAGUGCAAAAUGAUUAAUAUGGUGAUUAUUACUUUAAGGAAAUGAUAAAGAAAUGAUUAUAAAUGUUCUUCAUUGAGCUGCGUCAACCCGCUGUAGUCAAUGGACUCACCCUGAAGUCUCCAUACAAACCAGCAGCUGCUGGAAGAGAGUAGGUGAGUUGUGUUUAGUCUCUUUGCUAAAGAAAUUAGUCAAAGUUAAAAAGAUGUUUGGUGGCUAGUACUAUGGCUGGGACCCUAUAUGUACUGUUGAUGAAGUUAGGUGCUGUUCUGAGCAUUAUUUGUGGCUGUAGAGUGGCGUUUUGGUUGAGCACGUGGCUUUCUGUAUUGCUAUCGUGCGGUCGUUACUAAAGUUGGUAUAACUGGAGAAGCAAGCGGUUGGCAACAUUCAUCUCUGGAGGGGGUGUCUAACUCGAUGUUAUGGUGUGGUUGACCUUCACUUAAUUUUACGCCGGAAUAUCCCUUUAAAGCAGGACUUAGCACCAGCCCAUGGCACCAGAACUACAACAAAGUGGUUUUCUGACCAAGAUUCUGGUGUGGUUUCCUUUCUAUCAGGACCUGCCCACAGCACUGGGACUACAGCAGAUUUUUUCCAGACCUUGAUAUUAGUUUGAUUUCCUUUUCCAGCUGGACUGAGCAUCUGCCCACAGCAGAUAGGAAUAAAGCUAACAGAGGUGUGUCUUCUCUGUAAGCAGGUUGCAAAACAUCUUGUUUAUAUCUCUAUCUAUCUAUGUAUCUAUCUAUGUAUCUAUCUAUGUAUCUAUCUAUCUAUCUAUCUAUCUAUCUAUCUAUCUAUCUAUCUAUCUAUACAUGAGAUAGCAACAUCAUAUAUAAAAGUGAAGUUUUCUCUCUAACUUUAAAGGAUCUACGUAAAAUGAGAAAUAUGAAUUCAUGCUGGAGAAAGAAAAACAGCUAAGGUAACAAGCUCUGCAUGAAGAUAGUGUCAACAUGAUCGCGCACCAAGAGACGGCACUUCCUGCUGAACUAAGAAGGAGCAAGAUCUCAAUUUACUGCAUGUUUUAUUAAACACAUAUAUUAAACUGAAAAACAUCCCAGAAAAGACAAAAUAAGGUGUCAGUUUUCAACGCUUCUUCGACGUUUAUGUCCAUCCAUAAACUUGAUUACUUGUGCAUGUUUACGCUCUGUUUCAUUGUAAGUGCCAGUGCUGGAGUCAUCUUUUUACCAUCUUUCCUCUCAUAGGGAAAAGAAGCAGCAGCCUCUCGGUUUUGCUUAUUUAUUGGACAGUUUGGAUUGAGUGUUUUCUUGUUCUUGUGUUUCUAGGAAAAGGACUAUGUCGGUUUUGCGACUCUGCCCAACCAGCUGCACAGGAAAUCGGUGAAAAAAGGGUUUGACUUCACCCUCAUGGUGGCAGGUCAGUGACGUCUACACUUUUAAGGAAAGAAUAACAGAGGAGAUUUCGAAGUUAAAUGCUUUUUUAUGCUAGGUGUGACACAUGUGACAUGAAGCAGGAGUCAGUGCUUGAACAUUUUGUCCAGUCGUCACAUUUUUCUUCGUCUGCAUAUGGAUGAAAUUAUAAGAUUGCUGAGCAUCAGAGACUGAAACUGCUUCCUCUUAGGAGUAAUUUUCCUUCACACCUCCGCACCGUCUCAGAUUUCACAAGUUCUGGGUGUUCUGUGAAAAUUUUGGGCUCUGUUAAAAUCUGAAUUUUUAAUCAAGAUGAGUCCCAAAAAUCUCUCUGAAUGAAAAACAGAUUUAAUUAUUCUUUGAGUUUGUUUGUUUGUUUGUUUGAUAGUUGAGUUUGUUACAGGGACAGAGAAACUAUUCUGUGUGUGCUCCAGGUGAGUCCGGUCUGGGUAAAUCCACCCUGGUGAACAGCCUCUUCCUCACUGACCUGCACAAAGACAGGAAGCUGCUCAACGCGGAGGGUGAGUCACUGACCAAUCACAGGCCUCCGCUCCUCUCACAUCUGUCAUUAUGACUGUGCGGCGUUUUCCUUUUGCAGAGCGCAUCAGUCAGACGGUGGAGAUCACGAAGCACACGGUGGACAUCGAGGAGAAGGGCGUGAAGCUGAAACUCACCAUCGUGGACACUCCGGGGUUUGGAGACGCCGUCAACAACACUGAGUGGUGAGUCCGCAAACAGGAUGUGAUUAAUGAAGCGGCUCUGGAGGCUUGGACUGUGAAUAAAAAACCACUGAGGGAGUCUUUUCUGGCUGUCAGCAAAGUGAAACCUACACACCACUUAUCUGACCCUUCUCCUCGGCUCCUUGGUCUCUCUCACCCACGUGUAAAUAAAGCUCUGCAGUCCUGCUUCUCUGCAGUAAAAUGACAGAAACCAAACGGCUCGAUUCACUUUGAGUCGACCGAGAGCUGCAAACAGAAACAACAAGUGCUAAAACAAAUACUAUGAGAAGGAGAAAAGCUUCAUCCUUAAACUCAAUCAAUCAAAUAAAUCAAUCAAAUUUUAUUUAUAUAGGGCUAAUGUGAUUACAGUCAGCAGGCCUAAUAGUAGUCAACUCUAGUUUUUUCUACAAUUGUAGACGAUGCGGCUGGAGUCAGGAAGGUCCUCCUCCUUAUGACAUAUAAAGCGCUUAACGGCCAGGCCCCAUCAUAUCUCAACAAGCUUGUUAUACCUUACUUUCUGUCUAGACCGUUACGCUCACAGUCUGCAGGCCUGCUCGUUGUACCAAAUGUCUCUAAAAGUAGUAUUGGAGGAAGAGCUUUCAGCUACCAGGCACCGCUCCUCUGGAAUCAUUUACCGCUCGAAGUUUGGGGGGAGACACCAUCCCAACUUUCAAGAGUAGACUUAAAACGUUCCUCUUUGAUAAAGCUUAUAGUUGGGGCUGAUUUGAACCAGCUCUUAGUUAUGCUGCUAUAGGUUUAGACUGCCGGGGUUAUCUGGCACACUGAGCUAGAGUCUGUCUCUACCUCUCCUUUAGAUCUUUAUGUCCCAUAUAAGUCACUAACCACUCUCUCUGAGUGUCUCUGAGUCUCUUAGCUUCCACUAGACUAAUGCUGCAGACGGUCUGCUGCGGAACUGCCUGACCCCAGCUGCAUCUUCCUCGAUUGUCCACCUCAGGCCCUGAGUUCCUCCAUCUCUUAGGUUCCUCUGGACAAUUGCUGCAGGCACGUACGUCAGCCUAACUGACAUCAAUAAAAUAAAACUAGAGUAAACUACCAUUGAGUUUUAACUUUAAUCACCUUAAAUUAAUUUAGCAUAGUCCAUAAUUAGUUAUUUCAUUAUCCUGUACAUCAUUUUCUCCCAUCAAAUUGCUAACCAGAUCUCUCUAACCAGAUCUCAGAGAAACAGUUUUUUAAAAAUCGUUCCAUCGUACUUUUCCAUGUCCUAAAAUAAGAGCUGCAAAUCAGUGUUUGAGGUGUCGUGUCCUCUGCUGCUGUCAGUGUUGGGAAAGUUCACUUUCACCCCAAACUAGUUCAAAGUUCAGUUCACACAUUUUAAAGUAAACUUGUUCAGUUCAUCAUUCAUAAUUCCACAUUUUGAAUUUAACUUCAUGGUUCCCGAAAAUGAACUAAUUUAGUUCUUCUUUUUCUCCAGUACUUUGAUGUAAGUGAUUACAGUGAUUAUUUUAGCUGUUUUAACACUGAAACUACGUCUGAUUAAUCUUCAUAUCCAUUUUUGAAUCCUAAUCGAACCAGGUUUACAGUAGCAUUGAGAGGACAGCCCUCAGAAUACCGGCGUUUCCCUUAUGUUUUGUUCAGUCCUCACUAGUAGGAACGUUCAUCUGUAGCCCUUUAAUGCCUGAAACCACAAAUUAUGGCCAGAAAAUUAACAUUUUUUUGCAGCUGAAAUGUUUAUUUCACUUACUACUGAAAACCAAAAAAAUCAAAAUUUCCUUAAAAUUUUACAAAUAUGUUUACUUAUCUUCUUUGAUACAUUAGAUGUUUUUGGAAACUGAAAAAUUACAAGAGGACACUGUAAUUUUCAAUGUAUUCAGUUUUUUUUUUUUUUGUAAUUUGUUUACCGCAUUGAGUGGAUAGAAGUAUAUAAAAGUAUGUAUCAAAUAUGAUGCAAAAGGCAUUAAAAGGCUAGAGUAUAUUUUCAUAAACAUGAGGAAACAUGCUUGAAUGGUUUUUAGACUCUUUAUUAGGAUUACAACAACAGGACUGUCGUCCUUAAGUUUUUUUUUCUUUUUUCAUUUCUAUUCUUUCCCAAACUGACCUGGAAACAAUUCACAUCAAAUUCCCUUUCAGUCAUACUAAAAAGGAACCAGAACAAAUACUGGAAAUAAUAACAAUUAACAAUAAUGAUAUGAUAUUGUGACAUGAUAUGAUAUGAUUUCAUAUCCGUCUAAGGUUUGCUAAUGACGUCGUCGAUGUUCAGACUUGCUUCCUCAAACCAGGCGGACAAAGUUUACACAUAAAAGCUAGAUAUUUACUGUCUGUGUCGGCGCUGACUUUUACAUCAAACUCUUUUAAAUGCUCAUAUGAGUCUGUGUGCUCCUGGCAGCUAGUGCUACCUCCCUCAUCCAACAUGUUUACUGACGUAUUUAUUGGAGCGACAGACAGGCUGCUUGCGGUUGCCAGAUUGGGUGGCUUUCCGCUAAAUAUGAAGGCCUGUUUACGGUGUGUUUUAGCUGGGCUUUCGCCUGGAAGGCUCUGGACAUCUGGCACACUCAUGAACGGAGUUUAGAACGCCGCUCACAGACGCCAGAAUGAGCACGUUCAACACCAAUGCGAUCAUACACAAAUAAAAAUGAUACGUUCACGUUCACCCGAAAUAUGAACAAGUUCAUGAUCGAUCGUUUAUUGAAUGCGUUUGGGCACAACACUUGCUGCUGCUGGUGUUUGCUCAAGUCCAGAGUCGACACCAGGAGGUUUUAGAGACCUUCAUGCUUCCAUCUGCUGACAGGCUCGAUGGAGAUGUUGGUUCCCUCCAGCGCCAAAACUCCUACCAAAUGGUUUCCCGACUAUGAUGCUAUGAGGCCAUUAUCAAAGUACCCUGGGCUCCAGUGACCCCUCAGCAGAGACCACAGACCGAUCUUCUCCAUGCCACUUCAUAAUUACGCCACAAGUCAUGAAAAAGGAGCCCCAAACAAGCACUGAGAGUUUAACUUUUAAUGGUUUUAGGAAAAAUUCUGGUCAUCUGACAUGCUACAUUUCUGAUUUUCAUGAAAAUUUUGAAACUUUUCUCAUUUCUCAUGUGUGUUGUAUUUGUCCCUGUGUUUCUUUCAGAGUGGAGCCGCAGUAUUGAUUUAACUUCAUCAGCCUUUUAAUUAUUUCACACACUCUCUCUCUCUCUGACCCUGAUGAUGUUUCGAUCUCUAAUCGCUCUGUGCUAAUGUUUUUUCUCUGAGGCGUCAUAAAUCUUUCUCUUGUUUAGUUGCUGUUUUGUACUUCUGUAAAAUACUGAAAGGAGAUGUAAACGUGCCCCGGGUUUGCUACUCUCUAAGUAGAUGUAGUAAAUUUGCAGACCUGUGAGGGUUUAACGGCCUCUGUCCUCGUACACCUGGUGUUUGGUCCCGCUGUGUUAAAUCUGCACACUUCAGCGCUGACAUCUUCUCCUCCUGCUGCUCUGCUGAUAAGCUCACUGCGACAAAACCUUCUCAAACUAAAGUACCCAUCAGCAGGAAAAAACACAGGAGUAGGUUUCUGUUGAAUAAAGGUGAAUAAGUAAUGUAGUAAAUAUCGACGCUGCCCAUCAGACCAGCCUGUGAGGGAGGGACUGACCUCUGCAUGCAUCGACAUGCAGAGACGUGAAUACAUCAGCAAAUUAUGAAGUGGAGUAAAGGAAAGACCCGUAGGUUUAGAGAAACAUAAAUGCUCUAACGGGUUUGUUUGCUGGUGAAUUUAAGCUGAGGUGAUCUGAAGAAGAACACUGCAGGUGAAAGUAAGGAAGAUUCACAGCAAGUGUGUGGGCGGGGUGAUGUUUUUUAACAUGCAAUCUGUGCAAGGCAGGUGUGAGCCUGCUCUCCACAAUCUGCUGUUACACUCACUCUCACCACCACUGUGCAAACAUCCAUUUAGAUUUUACUUCCACACAAAGGCAAAAGUCGUCAACACAGAGCGGGACUGUCAUUACACAGAGACCACUGCAGGGUCCUCUAGGGGUCUCGUCCUGUCUCCCUUCACACUGAACCUCCACCCUCAGUCAAACAGAAAAAUCACACUGUGGGCAAUUGCGUGUUUGAAAUCAAUAUUACAGCUUAUUCAAUGAAACGGUGUCCUGAGGGCUCUUUGUUUACAUUGCAAUCCCUCAGAAAGCAACCAGACCGCACUUUGUUUACAACUUCAUUUUCACAAAAAAGGUAACCAGCAGAAACUUUGAUUUACAAUGUAUCUGUAUCUGCUGUCACUUUACAAUGUUUACAUUUGACAGACUAAGAAAAGGAACCAGAGGUUAACGUUUAUGGUUUACCUUGUUAAGAAGUAGAGAGUGCUUUGUUUACAUUUGACAGACUAAGAAAAGGAACCACAGGGUAAAGUUCAUGGUUAACCUUCUUGAAAAGUAGAGGGCUCUUUGUUUACAUUUGACAGACUAAGAAAAGGAACCAAAGGGUAACGUUUAUGGCUAAUCUUCUUGAGAAGUGGAGGGCGCUUUGUUUACAUUUGACAGACUAAGAAAAGGAGCCACAGGGUAAAGUUCAUGGUUAACCUUCUCGAGAAGUAGAGGGCACUUUGUAUACUUUUGAGGGACAAAGAAAAGAAACCACAGGGUAAUGUUUAUGGUUAACCUUCUUGAGAAGUAGAGGGUGCUUUGUUUACAGUUGACUGACUAAGAGAAGAAACCAGAGAGUAAUGUUUAUGUGAACCUUCUUGAGAAGAAGAGGGUGCUUUGUUGCCAUUUAAUUUUGAAAGUGCAACCAGAGGGCGCUUUGUUUACAACUUCUUUUUCACAAAAAGAGAAACCAACAGAAACUUUGACUUACAAUGAAUCCGCAAAAAUUUAACCUAAAUGCUGAGGGUAAAUUUUAGCUUUGUAAUGAGUUAUCAGAGGGCGCUUUGUUUACAUUUGACAGACUAAGAAAAGAAACUACAGGGUAUUGCUUAUGGUUAACCUUCUUGAGAAGUAGACAAAUUAAUUUACUCAAAUGAAAUCACUAAUUUUGACAGCUUUAAUGAAGAAUGAAACAGAAGGAGCAUGAGGAGCAAACAUGGAUUUACACAAUUUCUCUCUGCAGUCAUUUUCACUUGCAAUUUCAACUGUUUUGUAAUCAGAGUAGGCUACAACUAUGUUUUUGGAGAUGUUAAUUAACUAUUUGGAUUGCAAUUGUGAUGUUUCAGAGGAGUAGUGAGUGUGUAUUUGUGCAAUACUUACGCAUUCAGGCGGUCUGCAAUACUUUGCCACGCUUUUUCUCACUGUUUUAUGGCAGUGGUGGUGUUUCUUUUUUAUUAAUUAUUUGAUCUUUUACCUCUUUAUACGCUUCCAUAAGUAUAUCCUGCUCCGAUGGGGAGAAGUAUGCUCUGGUUGUCAUGGUAAAUAGGUGAAUCUGUGAUCGAUCGCAGCGGUCUAUUUAAGGAGCCAGGUGCGCGCACUUAUCCAGGAUUGCUUUCAGUUGGCUUGAUGAAUCCGUUUCUUCUCAUCCUGGAUUAGCGUUUAUGCAACCGAAUAAGCCGAGACACUCUUGUUUUGGAUUCGUUGAGAUCAGCUCAGUCACUUAUCCUGGAUAUCUGAAUCCUACUUUUAUGCAACAGGCCCCAGAGAGUAAUGUUUAUGUGAACCUUCUUGAGAAGCAGAGGGUGCUUUGUUGACAUUUUAAUUUUAUAAGUGCAACCAGAGGGGGCUUUGUUUACAACUUCUUUUUCACAAAAAGAGUAACCAAUUGAAACUUAGACUUGCAAUGAAUCUGCUAAAACACCAUUCUGAGGGCCCUUAAAGUUAAAUUUUAGCUUCUCAAUGAGUUACCACAGGGCGCUUUGUUUUCAUUUGACAGACUGAGAAAGGGAACCUGAGAGUAAUGUUUAUGUGAACCUUCUUGAGAAGUAGAGGGCGCUUUGUUUACAUUUUUGUUCAGCAAGUAAGCAAACAGUAGGCGCUUUGUUUACAUUUGACAAACAAAGAAAAGGAACCAGGGGGGAAAGUUCGUGUUAACCUUAUUUAGAAGUAGAGGGAGCUUUGUUUACAUUUUUGUUCAGCAAGUAAGCAAACAGAAGGCGCUUGGUUAUCAUUUGACAGACUAAAAAAAGGAAGCAGAGGGCAAUGUUUACAUUAUCCUUCUUGAUAAGUAGAGGGUGCUUUGUUUACAUCUGACAGGCUAAGAAAAGAGCCAGAGAUCAAUGUUAAUAUGAACCCUCUUGAGAAGUAGAGAGUGCUUGAUUUACAUUUUUGUUCAAAAAGUUAGCAAACAGAAAGACUAAGAAAAGGAACCAGAGGGUUAUGUUUAUGCUAACCCUUUUGAGGAGGAGAGGGCGUUUUGUUUACAUUUUUGUUCAACAAGUUAGCAAACAGAGGGCACUUUGUUUACAUCUUAAUUUUUAAAGUGCAACCAGAGUUUGCUUUGUUGGCAACUUUUUGUCUGUAAAAGAGUAACUUAAAGGCAUUUGAGUUACAUUUUAUGUCAUGGAAAAGCAACAACAGUGCUUUUUGUUUAGAUUUAUCUUCUCAGAGAGCGCUUUGUUUACAUUUAAAUAUCUUAAAUAUCAAUCAGCUGGUAAUUUGUUUACAAUUUAUCUACUGGAUUUGCACUUUGCUUAUUUUUUAUUUACCAAAAGAGCAACUAGAGGGCACUUGAUAUACAUUUAAACUUCUUCAAGAUCAAUCAGAAGGCUUUUUUUUUGUACAUUUUAUUCAAUAGUAUUGAAUCUGAAGGCCCUUUGCUUACGUUUUAUCCACUAAAAGAUCAACCACAGAGCGCUUUGUUUACAUUCAAUAGACCAAACAUAUUUCCGAACUGUUUAACCCUUUGUUCAUCAGACUGGUUGUAAGUUCACAUAAAAACAUGGAGGUAUUUCUGUGUGUUUCAGCUGGAGGGCAGUCACAGACUACAUCAAUCAGCAGUUCGAACAAUACUUCAGAGACGAGAGCGGACUCAACAGGAAGAACAUCCAGGACAACCGAGUUCACUGCUGCCUCUACUUCAUACCUCCGUUUGGACACGGGUAAUAUAUUCACAGUGACGGUUUCAUUAUGCAAACAUGAUUUUAAUCACAUAUGCGAGUUUUUAAGGUUAAUGACCUCCUGCAGGCUGCGCCCAGUCGACAUCGAGUUCAUGAAGGUGCUGCAGGACAAAGUGAACGUGGUUCCUCUCAUCUCCAAAGCCGACUGUCUCACUCCCUCUGAGGUCAAGAAACUCAAAGAGCGGGUAGGACUACUAAAUGCAGAAUAGAUUAAAUAUAUAAUUAGUGAUUAACAGAGAAGACAACUCCAGCUGAAGUGUAAGACAUGAUGUUUCUGUUCUUUUUACAGAGUCAUUUACACUUCUUAAGGCUGAAUUUAUGCUCUGACCUUUCUGUUUCAAAGGUUUCUGCAGGAAAAUAACACCAACAAAGACCUUCAUAUUCACUCAAGUACAAGAGAUGUCAUGAUGAAGCUAUGAGAGCUACCCUGUGUGGGAAAACAGCAGUUUAAAUGUUUUUUCAGACCGCGAAAAGGCUCAAAUCUGUUAUAAAGUUGUUUUUUAAAUGAAGUUACAUACAUUUACUCAGACACAAAGGGGUCUGUCAAACUCUGAGAAGACUUCAAUCACUUGCUGUUUAUCGUCACCAUCAUUUAAAAGUUUUUAAAAGUAGCUCCAGGCUGUCUCUUCUUUUCUUAAAGGGAUAUUCCGGCGUAAAAUUAAGUAAAGGUCAAACACACCAUAACAUCGAGUUAGACACCCCCUCAAGAGAUGAAUGUUGCCGACCCCUUGCUUCUCUAGUUAUACCAACUUUAGUAACAACUGCACAAUAGCAAUACAGAGAGCCAUGCAUUCAACCAAAACGCCACUCUAUAGCCACAAAUAAUGCUCAGAAAAGCACCUAACUUCAUCAACAGUACAUAUAGGGUCCCAGCCAUAGUACUAGCCACCAAACAUCUCUUUAGCUUUGCCUAAUUUUUUUAGCAAAGAGACUAAACAUAACUCACCCACUCUCUUCCAGCAGCCGCUUGUCUGUAGCGAGACCUUUUUUUUUUUUGAGCUAUUGGAGCAGCCAAGCAUAGAUAUAAGUGUCCAGAUUCAUUUGUGUGUUUGAUUCAGUUUCAGCUCUUUGAGUCAGUGAGUUUUUAUCUGGACUGAGUCGUCAAACUUUUCUAUAGGAGACAGACUUCCUGUGUGUGUGUGUCUCUGCUGUUCUCCACCACAUCUCCUGUGUGUGUUUCACUUCCAGCUGAGGGAGGAGAUUGAUAAAUACGGGAUAAAGAUCUACCAGUUUCCUGACUGUGACUCUGAUGAGGAUGAGGAGUUCAAGCGGCAGGAUAAAGAGCUGAAGGUCUGAUGGGAAAAACUGGGAUGGUUUGAGAUCAUUUAGGUGCUGUCACUUUAACUCUUCACUGCAGGAUCUGAGUCCGCUUUUUUCCCGUUGGUGUUUUGUGAUGCAGGAGAGCACACCGUUCGCCGUGAUCGGCAGCAACACGGUGGUGGAAGCUCGGGGUCAGAGAGUGAGAGGGAGGCUUUACCCAUGGGGAAUAGUGGAGGGUAGGAAACCCUCUGCAGUCGUCUAUCUCAAAUCUCUGCUGCUAUUUUUACCUCCCUGUUCCCAUGACAACACUGAUAAACAGAGAGGGACCCGCCCUUAUGUCAGUCUUUUCCUCUUGCUCCUACUGCAGUGGAAAACCCGUCCCACUGCGACUUUGUGAAGCUGAGGACCAUGCUGAUAAGGACCCACAUGCACGACCUGAAGGACAUCACCGGGGACUGUCACUACGAGAACUACAGAGCCCAGUGUAUCCAGAACAUGACCAGGUACCUGCACCUACAGGACCGCCAUGACUCUACACUCUCAGUCUCCUGGCUGUGUUUGAACUAAAGAGGGGCUCAUUCCAGCCUGAGAGGCAAAACUCGGGAGAAGGUUUGCAGAAAUUUUAAACUUGGACUGUGAGAGGACGGCAGAGAGAUUCAAGCUCUUGGAAACAACCGUGAACGUAAACAUUGAACUUCAUUUGUAUGAAGAUUGCCAAAGAGAGUGAGGUGAAGUCAUGCUAUUUGUAAUGAAACCCACGUUUGUUUUAAAUCAACCUCUCUGAACCCUGAGACCCUCAGCUGUCAGCAUGUUUGUACUCAUAUAGAGGUUUGGUUUUACAGGCCAAGGAAGUCAUACAGUCAUGUGACAUUAACUUAGAAAUAUUAGACACUGAGCAAUGUUAGAAUUUUUAUUUCUUGUCAUUUGUUGCAGUUUUGAGGACCUGAAUUUGUUCACAAAAUCCUGAAAAACUGCAUGUGCACCAGGUGUGUCAAAUGUUCAGCCAUGAAACAGGAAGUUGGUUUAUCUCAGCCAUGCAUGCUCCAAUCUACACCAAACUUUCUCAGGAAAUCUUGAAGAUAUUUGUCCUGAAGUUUUAACAAAGAUGGUGAGUUUCUGUCUGAGGGUUUGGUCAGGACAGAGCCUCAAACUUUGGUUUCGACAUGUUGUCUCACCGUAUGAUUUAAAUUGUUCUGGCUCAGCCCGACUUUUGGACAUUUCUUGGUGGUGCUUGAACAUAUUUAUCAAACCACAGCGCCACCUACUGGUAACAGGGAGUAUAUUCUUUCCCAUAACCACCUUAAAAUCCUGUGUUCUAUCAUAUUCUCUCCUUGAGUGAGUGGUUAUCGUAAACAGACAGUUUCAAGCCUAAAUGGGGCCCUAAGCAAAGUUUGAUUUUGGGGCCCUCUAUUUCUGCCAAUAAUAUUGAUUGUUGAUCAUUCACACACCUUCACAAAUCUCUUUGAUUAACAUUCCCUGACAUGCAAACAUACCUUUAUCUUGGGUUUUUUUCUCUUCUCCCUCUUUCUUUUCUCUGCUCCUGAAGGAUAUAUCCUUUUUUGUGACAUUGUUUUGACCCACAACUACCAGCGCUUUGGAUGCUCAGUGCACAUUGCACGGUCGAAGGCACUAAACGGUAGCAGAGCUUUGACAUAAGAAUCAUAGGCCUACAUCAGCAGCAGCACUAAAAUGUUUUUACUUUAUUAUUGUUUUAUUUUUACAAUAAUAUGUAUUUGAUCAUAUAGAAACCAUCACUCAUACAUACGACGGAGUAUUAGGGCCACAUUAAGAAAAACAAUUUAAGACUUCGUAAUUACUUACGAGAAGAAAGUCCUGAUAAAAUCAUUUCUUACGAGAAUAAAGUCGUAGCUAAUAGCUAUUUUAACCUGUUGUUAGUUGUUUAAAUGAGCGCUGUUUUAGCAUCACAUUGUCAUGAGUGUCAGGACAUAUGCAAGAAAUGCGUCUUUUCUGCAGAAAGUACCAGGCGGACAUGUAGGGAAUCGCUGUUUUUGAGGAGGGGGAAAUGGCUGGAAAUGGCUGUGCAGAGGCUAAAUCCCUCAACAUAGCAAUAGCAAUAACAUGUGGCUUUAGUUUAUCGAUUUAUUACGACUUUAUUCUCAUAAGUAAUGACUUUAAUCUCUUAAGUCUUGUUUUUUUUCUUAAUCUUAAUGUGGUCCUAAUACUCCGUUGUACUUACAUACAAAAAAUAAAAAAAUUAUAAUUUUUUUUUGAUUGCUCUUAGGGGCCCCCUAUUGGCUGCGGGGCUCUAAGCAGACACAGCAGCUGUGUAUGGAGUGGCGAAUUGAAAACUGUUGAGGGUGUCUGGCCCCUGAGCUGUGGUUUUAAAUAAAGAACAGAGACUUGCUUUUGUAAAUAUUCAAUUAAACUGAAAAGUUUAGCAAAAGUUUAGCAAAGGCUAAAGGCCUUCCAAAGGCCAAAAUGCACAGAUAAAAAACAGAGUUUUUAAAAAUCUCUGCCUCAGUCUUUCAGACGUCCACUUUGACUGAAUGAUUUUGGUUUAUCUCAUGUAGACGUUCAUUUAUAGCAUGUAAACAUUGUCAAAAACUAAGAAUUCGGCAUCAACCCCACAUUCUCCAUGUUCUCUGCAUGUGGAGGCCUGAAAAAGGUUGAUGUUUAGUGAGAAAAUACUUUUUUUCCCUGAGUCUCUUGAAGCUGAUUUUCAUGCUGCGGUGAAAACACUCAUUUAUCAUGUUUAUCUUUUUUUUCUCCUCAGUAAGAUGAAUGCUGAUAAGCGAGUGGAGAGCCCCAUCCCCAUCCUGCCGCUUUCCACACCGGAUGUGGAGACGGAGAAACUCAUCAAGAUGAAGGAUGAUGAGGUGAGAGGAAACAGGUUUUUUCUUCUUCUUGCUGUGUAAUAAAGCUCAGAUAGUGAAAAAUGCACCGCAGCAGGUGUUACAUAACCAAGACACUGAUUUAAAAUGAUGACCCAUAUGUGAGAUGAUGUAAUCUGUCUCUGAUCCCUCUUGUUUCCUGCCUCUCUGUCUUGUCAUUAUCUCCUGCAGCUGAGGAGGAUGCAGCAGAUGCUCCAGAAGAUGCAGCAACAGAUGCACGAGCAGGACCUGUGACCUGGGACCUGUGACCUGAUUUAAUCUGAGCCCUUUAGUCAAGGUGUUAAACCAGAAUAAAACCCGACACAGCACAGACAUAAUCCUUUAAAAAUCUGUCUCUUUAGGGGAGCAGAGGAAGAAAUAUUUACCCUACUCCUCAAAAAUCGCUCACACACGCAUGCUGGAGGUGUACUUUUAAAUGUUUUUACCCUUUAUUUUGCUUUUUUUACUUUACAGUCUUUAGCCAAGUGAGUUGUAGUUAGGCAAUAGAAAGUAGACCUUUAAUCCACUGUAGACUUGAAACACUGACUGAGACUAAUGCACCUUAGCCUCCACUUGUGAAGUAGUUGAUGCACUGAUUACCUGAGGAGUGACACACAGGCGGAAAGUCGCUCACCGUUUGCAUGUUUGGUUUGGGUCGUGUUUGUGAUCUUUAAGCUGUGUGUGAGAGAAAACAGGUCUUCAGGGUCCGGUUCUGCAGAUGUUCACUUCGCUAACGAGACAAAAGUUCAUGACAAAUAUGUGUAAUUCACUCUCGCCAGACUGAAGUUUUCCAGCAUGGGAAACAUUUAUGUGUCUGUUUGUUAAGCAGUAACUGUAUCACCAGUUAGGUGUCGAAUGGCUCUGCUGUUUGUUUGUAUGGAGAGCAAAAGCAGGAGGAGCACAAACCACCAUAAUGUAGGGUGACCAUGCGUCCUCUUUUACCCGGACAUGUCAUCUGUUUUGGGGGCUGUCUGGCUUUGUCCGGGGAAGUUUAUAAGACCCUCCAAAAGUCUGCGGUUUUGUACAGAGGUUUCGAGUUUGUGUCACAUGGACUUAGUGAGUUAGAAGCGCAUAAAAGAUGCUCGAUCCGACCCGAAAAACUCAAAAUUAACUUUUGGCGACUUAGUGACUCCGUCCCCGUGUGGUUGUGUCCUCUUUUUGGGAAGUCAGAAUAUGGUCACUCUACCAUAAUGACAUCCUGGUUAAUCUGAUGGAAACUCACUGUGCAGAUUAGUUUACAGUGAAACUGACCCCCAAUUUUCACCACAUCCGGAACGGCUCCGAUCUGGAACCAAUUCCUACCGGAUUUGUGAGGCGAAUUUCGUGGCGGAUUACAGACAGCAGGAAUCGCAAGAACUCACAAGAAUCCACAGAUUCAUGUGCAAUCAUGCAAUAACGAGUUGUCUCUAUAAAGACAGCCACAUAGACAUAUAAGCAGUAGAUUGUGUCCUUCCAGAGGAGGAAAUCUACUUCUAGACUUCUAGAAUCAGCAUCUCCUCAUCCAUGGUGUCAUCGGGGUGAAAUGACGUCUAAAAUCUUUUCACUUGUUCGUCUCCGCCCGUUUGCAUGGUGUGAAAUACGAUCCGACUGAAACAUGGAGUGUUUUAUUUUGAAAAGAAGUCCGAUGUUUUAUUUUGUGUCUGUGCCCGACUUCCUUUAGAGCACGGGUUAAUCUGUGCUGAACUUAUCUGGCAUGCUCUGUCGUCUGGAACAAAUAGAACUUAUAACUCUUGCAAUCAGCUGAGGAGUCCGGCAAUCCGCUGCAGAACGGAAAAAAGCCGGUGGAAAUUGACACAUUAACUUGAAUGGUUACGAUCAGCUACAAUCCGCGGAUACAGACUUUUUGUAGCCAUUAUGGAUGCAGUGGAAAUUGGGGGUUACUGUAUAAUCGCUUAGGUGUCGAAUGGCUCUUUUGUUUGUUUGUAUGGAGAGCAAAAGCAGGAGGAACACAACUGUAAUGUCAUCCUGGUUAAUCUGAUCAGGAUAAAUUUCUCAUUAUAAAAAGAUAUCAGCAUCUAAGUUCAGCCUCCAGAUCAAGAGACACAAAAAUCAGAGUUUAGAUUUCCUGACUUCCUUGAAUGCAUCAGAAAUCGUGUCUGUGACCUCUGUCCAACAAACAGACAUUUACUAAGACAAUCACAAUUAAAUCAAUGUUUUCUGCAAGUUUAAACCACAAGAGUAAGCCAAAGGAAGGCCUCUAUGUAACCUACCAUCAACAGUAAAACUGAGACUCACUGUGCAGGUUAGUAUUUACAGUGAAACUGAGACUCAACAUGGCACUUACAAGGAACCUACAUAUGGAUGUGUUUACUUUGCAGAAAAUUUUCUUCAUUUUGACUUUAAACAAUGCAACCAACAGAAAAGACUCCUGAUUACAAACCAACCAAUCACAAUGGAGCUUCUUUUGAGUGCUGGUGCAGCGGCGGUGUGAGUGUGUUUGAAUGUUUGUGCACAUGCUAACAUCAUUAUUAGCCUGGUCUUUAGCAGAGACAUGGUUAAACGUAUUAUUGACGCUCUUAUCAUAAAUAAAACCUUUGAUAAUAUAUUUCCAGUGAGCAGGUACCACAGUGAACAAUCUUAAUAAUUAAUGUAAAACAAUCCUACUUAUGGUACGCUAGCUCAAUUAUUAGUGUUUAUGUGCAUACUAUAUCUAUAAACCAGUAUUCAUUCAGAGCUGACAGAUGUGAUUUCAGUAUAAAAUGCACACAAGCGUCCUUCUGCAGGUUAUCCAGAGCUGCAGAAAACUGUCAGAUUAAUCAGGAUUCAGAUCAUUUUACAAGCUUUUAAGUAAUUUAAAAAAGUAAUAAUAUCUUGUUUUAUAAUUGUCUUUCUUAAACGGUGUUUCUGAGUGCUGUACAGAAAAACAAGGAUCAGUUACUGUGUGAAAAACUGAAUAAAAUGUUUUCAUCUACAA